UAAAGCUGUUGUUAACCAUUAUUGCGAAGAGGAGGUUUCGAUACAAGUAUCACAAAAAUACAAAGAAAUUUCAAGAAGACAAAAUUAUUAUUAUGUUAACAUCAUUGUUUCAUGUGCAACAGAAAUAUGAACUUACAAGAGCAAAAUUUUUAUAUUUAAUUCACAAUAUAUACUGUCAUAUAAUUCCCACUUUGACAAUUACCACUAUGUUGGUCCUGUAUAUAGUGGUUGCUAUAAUGUUGUUAUUGCCGUCAAUGAACGCAUGCAUGCAUGCACGCACGCACGCACAAAUGAAUGAAAGAACGCACACAUGUGCAAGCGAGCAUGCAACCGGUGGUUGGGGCUGGGGGUUUGAACGAUGAGAGAGCAUCAUCCAAACUUGUAACUGUAAUCAUCAAUCGAUAAAUACCAUCAAAUUCUUAGCACCUAAAAUAGAUUUUAAAAAAAGAAAAAAAAAAACACCAGACCAAAAAUGCUGAAAACUAAAGAGGCAAUGCAAACGAGACAAGCAUGGAUAUCUCCAAUGAUUUCGAUGUAGGGCUUAGAAGGUUACAAGCAAUACAAAAAAGUCUUGCUAGGAUCAUGUCUACACUCCAUUUCUUUGCUAAACAAUCAAAUUGUGCAGGAAAAAAUUCACAUACACAUGACCCACACCCUUAGUCACUUAAUACGUAGGCACAGUGAUGCUUCUGUAGCUCACCGGGUGUAGAGGGCUAUCAUUUAAGAAGGCUAAUGCCCAUCUUCUUACUAAUGGACUCAACAUAAUUUUCUGUGACAGGUAAGCUCUAUCACUUAAAUGGCCAUGGUUAACACGCCAUUAGUAUCUGAUAAGGACUUUGUCCGCCAAUUAUGUUGGCCAUUGAGAUCAACGGCCACCAUGGCAGUCAAAGAAGGCCAUAGGCUUCCCUAUAAUAAUACCACUAUUUCACUGGAAUUUUUUAAUCCAAGAGGCGGAUGUUACCGUACCAUAAAAUAAUAUUCAUCGUGCAUUAGAAGAAUGAUAGCUUUAGCCUUGUGAGUGUUCUCCACUCCCCAAUGAAAUCUUAAAAGACCAACAUGGUCUUAAAAUCCUCUCAAGCAUCCCAUUCUCCAAAAACCCACGGACACCUCUCUCCAUUUAUCCUUUAAUUAAAGGCAAGCUGAGGCUGUUGGGCAAGUUUGUUCUUAUGCGAAGCAGCUAAAGGGACUAAGCCCCACCUUGAAAGCCUAAAACAGGGAAGAAAGAGAAGCAUAAAAAGACUAAUUGUGUAGUGGAUAGAGAGAUAUGGACGGGUACUAAAGGAAAUCCAUCAUUCCAUUGCUUGGAAGGGAUGAAACCCAAGCAUGGGGACUCGUACGGAGUGUGCGUUGGGCAGUUGGAGAAAUCUCUCGACUUGUUUAAUCUACUAAGCAUUUGUCUUUCACUUAAACAAAGCGGUCUAGAAGCCCACCACCCACAGUUAAACAGCCAAUAAUGCUUUCCAUAACUUUUAUAUUAAAGUAGUAGGUACAUGGAAAUUAUUCUUCAUGAUUAACUUGGAGCCCUUUCCUUAAUGGUACGUGAUAUACCAACAAAAAGUUACUAGCUGAAAGAAAAAGGCCACUACUAAUGAGAAGAGAAUAAGAAGCAAAGAGUGCACUCAAAUCUAAAGGGCCCUCUCUUCCACCCCUCCCUCCUUUUGAAGGAGAAAUCCAAUCAAGUCAGUCAACUUAGAUUGCCCUUCCCUCCCUCAGUCCAGCCCACUCCAUACAAAGAUGCAGCACCUAGAACAAUUAAAAAGGCGACAACCUACCUCAAAGCAAGAAAUACAGCAAGAAGGCGGAACCACUCCCUGCUCUCCUCUAAGAGAGAGAAAGAGAGAGAGAGAGAGAGAGAGAGAGAGAGAGAGAGAGAGAGAGAGAGAGUAAUGAAUAGGAUUCAUGAGGUGGGUUUUCCAAAUUCCAUGACUUCUCUUCUUUCUGGCACUAAACAAUGCGAAAUGGCAGAUUCCCAAUCAUCCCUUCCCCUCCACAGGAGACACCCAUCAUUGCUCUCAAUCCAUCCCUUUCAAACUUGGGAAGCUGAGCUAUCGAGCGGUUCCACCUCCUUAAAUCCCCUCCUCUUCCUCCUCCUCCUCCUCCCGGUCCUCAAUUCACUCCCAUCCAUCAACCAAACCUCCAGACCCAAUAACACCACUGCUCUCUCUCUCUCUCUCUCUCUCUCUCUCUCUCUCUCUCUCUCUUUUUCUCCCGAUGAAGCCUUCUUGUACCACUGCCGGUAACUUCUACUCCUACCUGACCCAUGGCCUUGACGACCUCGACCGCUCCUUUUCGUCGAACGCCUUCAUGUCCCUCCAAUUCCUGCAGCAUGCCGCGACUCUCCUGCGCUCCCUCCACUCCCACCUCACCCACCUCGUCCAGAAGCUCCACCUGCCCGUCGGAGAGAAAUGGCUCGACGAGUAUAUGGACGAGAGCUCCCGCCUGUGGGACGCCUGCCAUGUGAUCAAGCUCGGCAUCUCCGGCAUCGAGAAUUACUGCUCCGCCGGUGCCGACAUGGUCUCCUCGCUCGAUGAGUGGCGCCGCAAUCCCACUCCCCAUCUCACUCGUCAGGUCAUGAGGGCGAUCUCGGUGUGCCGGAGAGAAGCCAUGGGCUUGGAGGAGGAGAACAGGGUUUUGGUGGAGACCAGGGUGGAGCCGCUAUCGCUCCGAUUUGACGACAGGGGGCCCAUGGAGUCCAAAAUUAAUGGCUUCAAUGGUUUCAGGGGAGUACUGAAUGCGCUAAGGAAUGCCAGCUCGUUCCUGCUGGUCAUCUUGCUAACGGGAUCGGUCUCCUGCUGGCCGAAACUGAGCUGCCACCAUGCCAUCAUCGAGAGCUCGCUCUUCUUCGGCUCAGGAUACAUGGUGUCGAUGGCAAGGCUGCAGCAGAGGGUGGUGAGGGAGAUGGAAGGGAUGAAUGGCCGGCCAGGAAUUCUGAUGUAUGAGUUCCAGAGGGCGAGGGCAGCGACAGAGGAGCUAAGGGAAGAGCUGGAGAAGGGAGGGGGGAUGGGUUGUGAUUCUGAGGGGGUUGCGGGAGGUCUAAGAGAGAGGGUUGAGGGCUUGAAGGGCUGGUUUGGGAUGUUGAGGUCUGGAACUGAGAGUCUGGUAGGGCAGUUGGAUGAUUUCUUUGAUGAGAUUGUAGAAGGCAGGAAGAAGCUCUUGGACCUGUGUAGUCACAGGUAGGCUGGAGAGAGAGAGAGAGAGAGAGAGAGAGAGAGCUUAAUGGCAAGGAAGGAGGGAGGAAGAAAAGGAUUUUGAUUGUUCUACAUGUGCUUUAUUUUGUUUUCCAGUUUUAUUGAAAUUACUGUUUUAGCUUUUA